AUGGAGGCGGCGGCAGGCGGGGGCCCGGCCCCGGUCCCGGUCCGGGCUCUGCCGGCCCAGCCCCAGCCCCAGCCCCAGCCCCAGCCCCAGCCCCAGCCCCAGCCCCAGCCCCAGCCCAAGAGCCGGGACCUCUUCAGGAGCCAGCGCAAGGAGUCCGAGGGUUCCGUGGAUUGUCCCAACCUGGAGUUUGAAUACGGGGAUGCUGACGGCCACGGCGCCGAGUUAGGAGAGCUCUACAGCUACACCGAGGAGCCCGAGCUCGGCAGCAACAGGAGAUGCUUCGAGGAGGAUUUCCAUGGCCAAGUGCAGGGCAGGAGGUGGCUGGAGCUGACUGGGGCUCAGCAGAGGGCCUAUGUGAUGCGCCUGCUGGACGGGCUGGAGGUGGUCAACAGGGACAAGAGGCUCAAGGUGGCGCGAGCCAUCCUGUACCUGGCACAGGGGGUCUUUGGAGACUGCGAUAAGGAAGGUGAUGUCCUGCACUGGUCUCGGCACAACUGCUUCCUCCUGUACCAGCUGGGAACCUUCACUGCCUUCCUGGAGCUCCUCAACAUGGAGAUCGACAACAGCCAGGCCUGCAGCAGCGCUCUGCGGAAGCCGGCCAUCUCACUGGCCGACAGCACGGAGCUCAGGGUGCUGCUCAGCGUCAUGUACCUGCUGGUGGAGAACAUCCGCGUGGAGCAGGACACGGAUCCCCCCGAGUGGAAAACCUGCCGGGAGACCUUCAGGAUGGAGCUGAGUUUCCCGGUGCACACCGAAGAGCCCUUUGCUCUGCUGCUCUUCACGAUGGUGACCAAGUUCUGCAGUGGCCACGCUCCGCACUUCCCCAUGAGGAAGGUUCUGCUCCUGCUCUGGAAGGUGCUGCUGUUCACGCUGGGUGGAUUUGGAGCCCUGCAGGAGCUGAAGGUGCGGAAGCGCGCGGAGCUGGGGCUGGCGCCGCUGCCGGAGGACAGCAUCCAGGUGAUGCGCAGCAUGAGAGCGGCCUCACCCCCCGCCUGCUCCAUGGAGCUGCUGGAGCAGCAGCAGCACAAGCGCGGAGGACACCGCAGCCGGAGGCCCCUGGUGAAGCAGGACAGCCUGGACAUGUACAACGAGAGAGACCCCUUCAAGCAGGAUGAAGCAGGGGUGGAUGAAGAGGAGACGGAUGACGUGGAGAGCGGGCUCGAGGGGGAGCUGGACCUGAUGGAGCGGGAUGCGGGGAUGCCCGCCAUGCCGGCCCAGCGCCUGCCCAUGGAACGGGUGUCAUUCCCCAAAGGGCUCCCCUGGGCCCCCAAAGUCAGGCAGAAAGACAUCGAGCAUUUCCUGGAGUCAAGCAGGAACAAAUUCAUCGGGUUCACGCUGGGACAAGACACUGAGACCCUCAUAGGGCUCCCACGGCCCAUCCAUGAGAGUGUGAAGACCCUGAAGCAGCACAAAUACGUUUCCAUCUCAGACAUCCAGAUCAAGAACGAGGAGGAGCUGGAGAAGUGCCCCAUGUCUCUGGGGGAAGAGGAAGUCCAGGAAACCCCCUGCGAGGUCUUGUAUCGAGCAAUGUUGUACAACCUGCCCCAGUAUAUGAUAGCAUUGCUGAAGAUCCUCCUGGCUGCAGCUCCCACCUCCAAAGCCAAGACUGACUCCAUCAACAUCCUGGCAGACGUGUUGCCUGAAGAGAUGCCCAUCACCGUGCUCCAGAGCAUGAAGCUGGGCAUCGACGUGAACAGACACAAAGAGAUCAUCGUGAAAAGCAUCUCGGCUUUGCUGCUGCUGCUCCUCAAGCACUUCAAGCUGAACCACAUCUACCAGUUUGAGUACGUGUCCCAACAUCUGGUGUUUGCCAACUGCAUCCCGCUGAUCCUGAAGUUCUUCAACCAAAACAUCAUGUCUUAUAUCACUGCCAAGAACAGCAUCUCUGUCCUGGAUUAUCCUCAUUGCACAGUCUGUGAUCUGCCCGAGCUCACUGCAGAAAGCCUGGAAGCUGGAGACAACAACCAGUUCUGCUGGAGAAACUUAUUCUCCUGCAUUAACUUGCUGAGGAUUCUCAACAAGCUGACCAAGUGGAAGCACUCAAGGACGAUGAUGCUGGUAGUCUUUAAGUCAGCCCCGAUACUGAAGCGAGCUCUGAAGGUGAAGCAGGCCAUGAUGCAGCUCUAUGUCCUCAAGCUGUUGAAAAUCCAGACCAAAUACCUGGGCCGCCAGUGGAGGAAGAGCAACAUGAAAACCAUGUCAGCCAUCUACCAGAAGGUGCGGCACCGCAUGAACGAUGACUGGGCUUACGGCAACGAUAUUGAUGCAAGACCAUGGGAUUUCCAGGCGGAAGAAUGCACCCUGAGAGCCAACAUUGAAGCCUUCAACAGCCGGAGGUACGACAAGCCUCAGGACUCGGAGUUUGCGCCGGUGGACAACUGCCUGCAGAGCGUGCUGGGACAGAGGCUGGAGCUCCCCAGGGACUUCCAGUACUCCUAUGAACUGUGGCUGGAGCGGGAGGUGUUUUCCCAGCCCAUUCGCUGGGAGGAGCUGCUGCACUAUCAGUGAGAGCAACACCUCCAUCUGCCCCAGACCCACCUUGGGAAGGACUCAGGCUGCUACAGCCUGUGGAAGAAGGGAAGAGUGUUCUGGACCUGGGCGUUCUUGAUGGUCAAACAGAAGAGUGGUUCCAAAGAGACCAAGCCUCGUUGUGUCUACUCCAGAGUGUGCAAUUCCCAUCUCUUUGGAGGUCACCCCUUCAUUGUGACUGCUUGGAGACCAGAGACCACCCAGAGGCCAUGGAGCAGGUUUCAGGGUUACACUAGUGGCAGUGUUGAGUGAGCUUCUCUGGUCUUUAGUGCAGAUUGAUGCCAGUGUAUGAGAGCUCAGAGUCCAGGUCUGCCUCUGCCUGGUUCGUGCAUGUAAGUUGGGUUUAAGAGCAUCUCAGCUGUGGAAGGUUCUCAUCUCUCCUGAAUGCCCCUGGCUGUGCAUAGUUUGGUUUGGUUCAUUCACUCGUGGCUGUCUGCUAACGUGCUUCAGACACCCAAAACAUAAGCAACCUGCUCUGCCUCCCUACUGAAGCUGAAAAUAAGCCAUGGUGCUGUCUGCAAGGCUCAAUCAGAGGCCACAGGCUGACAUGGCCAAAGGAGAUGACAUUGCUUUGCAUCCCCAGUCUGGCAUCGCUGCUGCUGCUGGGAUUACACAACCCAGUGUACAGAGCUGUGCUUCCACAACUGACAGUCUAUGCAUCAUUCAUAGCAGUCCAUCACCUUUCCACUGCUCCGCUUCCCUCCACCAUUCCAUUCACUUGCCAUUUGUAUUGGAGUGAAAGGAUCAGGAAGUUGGGCAGUGUUAGGAUAGAGGUUGCUUGCCACAUUUCUUUCCACCUGGUUGUUUUGGAAGGA